UAUUCUUGCUGUUGUUGCGAAACAAGUGAGAGCUUGUGUGGAGUGCAGCUUCGUCUGUUUGGCUGACUGAGGGAAGACUUCAACUUUUGUGGCAGCAAAGUACAUUUCUGACAAAUUAAACAAUGGAAAAACAACAUGGAAGCAAAUCGAGACAUUUCCCAGUAACAACAGUGUUCAAACAGGAUCCUCAAAAAUCUGAAGGAACUCAAGUGACGUACAGAAUUCCAGCUCUUAUCUAUAACAGUGAAAAUAAAACCUUCCUUGCCUUUGCUGAAAAACGGAAAACCGCUGAUGAUACGGAUGCAGAUGUGCUUGUAAUGAGGAGAGGAAUAUGGAGAGAUGGUGUAGUCGAGUGGGAUAUGACUCAUGAGUGGCUCAGAUCAGCUUCUCUACCAAACCACCGCAGCAUGAAUCCAUGUCCGGUCUAUGAGAGAGAGUCCAAAACCCUCUUUCUGUUUUUCAUUACUGUCCCUGUUGGAGUCUCAGAACACAAACAAAUAAAAGAGAAUAAGAAUCAGGCACGCCUUUGUUACAUAACCAGUAAGAACACUGGUAAAACCUGGAGUGCUGUUACUGAUUUGACAGCAGAUGUGAUCGGUGAGCAGGAGAAGAACUGGGCCACCUUUGCUGUUGGACCAGGACACGGAAUUCAGAUGAAGAGUGGGAGACUGAUUAUCCCAGCAUACACAUAUUAUUUCACCUCAGGAACUUCACCCACAUCUUAUGCAUUUGCAUUCUACAGUGAUGAUAAAGGAAGCACUUGGCAUAUUGGAAAGUGUGUGGAUGGUGAGUCUAAUGAAUGUCAGAUGGCUGAGAUCAUCGAUGAUGAAGGCAACAGUAAACUUUACUGCAAUGCUCGAAACAGAUCUGGCUACAGGAAUGAGGCUCUAAGUGAAAGUAAAGGAAAAGAUUUUAAGUCUUCAUCUGUACGUAAACUGACAGACACUGGAAAUGGCUGCCAAGGAAGCGUGUUGAGUUUUGCCCCUGAUCAAGCAUCUGAAAAAACAUGGCUGCUAUAUUGCCAUCCAGCCGAUAAAAGAAAGAGAAUGAGCCUCGGCGUAUACUUGAAUAAAUGCCCGAGUGACGGUUCUGGAUGGGGGAAUCCUGUGAUUCUGCAUGAGGGUCCGAGUGGAUACAGUGAUCUGACUCAGUGUGGAGAUGGAAAACACUUUGCCUGUCUCAUGGAAUGUGGAGAGAAAAGUGAGCUUGAAAGAAUAGGCUUUGUCCUGUUUGAACACAAAGAGGUUAUUUAGGUCAAGGGUGAAUACUGACAGCAAAAAAAGUCAGUGUUUUAUUUUAGUUUGCAAAAGAUUACAUUACUGCUAAAAAUAAUGGACAGAAACCCACAAACAUGACAUGAAACUUUACAGAUAAAGAAAAAAUGAACUGCAAUUUAAAACCUUUGGUUCAAUAAGAUUUCUUUUAUACAGUUAAAGGGAUAGUUCAACCUAAAAUAAAAUGUCAUCAUUUAUUCCACCUUCACAUGUUCAAAAUCUAUUUGAAUUACAUUUUUCUGUUGAACAUAAAAAAGGUUAUUUUGAUUAAUGCUGGUUGAUGGUACAUAUUGACUUAGUUGUCAAUGCUUAUUAUCAUCAACCAGCAUUUAAAAAAAUAUUUUUUUGUGUGUAACAGAAUAAAGAAACUCAUAAAGGUUUAAAACCACAUGAGGGAGAGUAAACGGUAGGUGAUUUUUAAAAUUUUAGGUGAACUAUCCCAACCCUGAAAAAUCAUCAAAAAAAAAAUUAUGAUCCAUUAAGAGUUCUAGAUAAAAAAUAUCCAUUAAUAAUUAUACAAAAACAAACUUGCAUUAUUUCAUAUACUUUAAAUAAAUAAUAAAA